AUGCAUCUUAUGUACUAUCUCGACGACAAAGGGAAGCGAGUUUACACUUUGAAGGUAAGCUUAAGAACAGAUCAAACUUUUGUUAAGGUUUUUAAAGACUUUUUUAACGUGAUUUCCAUCAAGUGUAUACAGCUGAGUUAGUUACUUUUGGUCCACGUGCGAGGAGAUCACUCAAAUCAUAAGUUUACUCUAUUCGCAAAAUGACUUGAAAACGAUUAUUCUUCUUUGAUUUGCAGAAGAUCGAUCCUUCAGGCCACCCGACAAAGUCUGCUCAUCCAGGUGUUGUCAUCUUUCCCCUUUUUUAUAAUCGUAGCGCAUGGAAGAACGAACGACGUUUAGAAGCCAUUCUUGUCCCGUCUUGGGUAAAACCGGAUAAAGGAUGGCUUCUAAAGCUCUAAACAGUGUUUAAAUAGUAUAAUUCAGGAAGAAACGAGACCAUUUCGGAGUAAGAGCUAACGUUGACAUGGUUUGGCCAACUCUAGCGCACACUGUUGGGACCUCGAGUCUGAGUGUCCUCAUUAGGGAGAGUAGGAUUUAGCAGCUGUCUGUAUUAUCGGCGUGUCCAUUAUAGCGAGGUGUCCCCGAGAGUUGACUGUACCUAGUGUACUGCUGCCUGCUAGUGGAUAUUGUCGAUAUUUAGGCUAUGUUGACACUGUACCAGAAAGCUUCGGUUUUGGCCAGCACAAAAACCAUACCAGCUAGGGCUUCUGCUGUCACAUAAUUUCAGCAUGACUUCUGUAACAGAGUGACGCUGCACUGUGCCCAUCACUAAAGUGGAGACCCGAGAGUCACACUUUAACUUAGCCUGCAAUUAUACAGCGUCUCUCCUCGCUCACUGCUGGUAAGGACGUUUCACAGGGAAAGCGUCUGCACUUUAGCAACAGAAAUUUGAUACUGAUGAGGUAAAAUCAAUCCAGAACCUAGUCAGGAGCUCUGAUUGGCUGACAUUGUAGUUAUAUUGUUUUUGCUAUUGUUUACGAAGACAAAAGAUAAAAGGCCAUAAAGGUCAAAUGUAAACGUGAUGAAUCUACUGCAAAAUAAUCAAUAUUCUUGCAAAUAUAUUCUCCUUAGGAGAGGCAUUCGAGUUUGCUGGAGCUUGUUUGCAGAAGAACACAGAACUUUACCAUAAUCGACCAGGAGAAAUAAAAAAUCAAACAAAUUUACAUUUGGAGCCCUACAAAAAUGGCUAUAUUUGGAUUGAUUAUGUAAACAUUUAAUUAUGUCAUCAGUUUGGAAUUUCUGUCACUGAAGCACAUGUACAGUCGAACCUCGAUUAUCCGGACUCGUUGGGACCAGACGAAAUAGUCCGGAUAAUCGAGGAUGCGGAUAAUAAAAAAAAUUAUAUGAAUAUUAAUGAAGGACAAAACUGAUUAAAUUGAGAAAUCGACUAUUAAUCGUGAAACAAGACUUUUACAAAUCGUUUGGGGGACCAGAAAUUGGAGUGCCAGAUGUUCGUUGCUGAAUAAACCAGACAUACAGGGCUUUAUCGAGCUCUACAUCAUGUUGCAGAUAUCAAAGAUCUGCUGCUUACUUCUUCAUUAGUUACGACACGUGCGAGCACUGCAUUUGCUGUUUGAAAGCAAAAAAACCUCGCAUUUGACUGCACUUUUCAAUGCUGUAGUUUUAAAAAGGAUAUGGCUACGGAUCUUGAUCAUGACUAAUAAUAUUCAUGACCAAAUUUAGCCUCCCACGGAAACGUUCUUAGGGGUUCGUCAUGCAAUCUUUCCUCCCCCACGGACCACGUUCGUGGGGGAGGAAAGAUUACGUGACGAACCCCUAAGAACGUUUGCGUGGGAGGCUAGACCAAAUUGGGACCGGAGAAAAAGUCUGGAUAAUUGAGAAAUCCGGAUAAUCGAGGUCUGGAUGAUCGAGGUUCGACUGUACAGAUGUCUUUCCUGCAAAACUUCCCUGGAAGUCAGGAGCAAGGAGAGAUGGCUGUAUUUGCAGGCUAAUAACGGAUAGGUGUUCAUACUGGAUUGAAAUAUGGGGUGGCAAGGCAAGAGGGUUUCUCUACAAUACCAGACGGCUUUUCAUGUCACCACAAAGAGCUGUCCGGAAAAUGUGAACAUAGCCUUAGUUUACUAUAUAGCGCAAUCUUCAUGCAUUAAUUUAUAACAUUGCUCCAGGUGGGCUUAACUUCGGAAUACAGUGUACUGCGAGCCACUGAAAUAUUCCCCAACAACUCCUGCUACCGCAGUCUGCCGUGCGCAUUGCUAUUAAUGUAAUAUACCUUAUUCUUUAAUCCACAAAUCUCAGUUAACAGUAGGAAAGAUAUAGUAAGCUUGUAUGAUGAACAGUAGAAAGCUAUUUUGCUUUAAAGAAUACACCUCAUUCCAAAGUGGUGGCAAUAUUACUUUUUUAUGUAAUAUGUUUUGGAAUUAUGGCGUACUGCCUUCUGACAUCCCUUCGCUUGAGUCGCUUGCUCACUCAGUGACACUAAGUGAGUAAGUGACUCAGGGAUUUCGAAAAAUUCAGGCUACUCCCUCCAUUAACGUUUGUGAUUGUUGUACCUCUGAAAAAUUGCCCUAUUUUGACGAGCUUAUAAGAGGCAACACUCCAGCUCUCAUUCAAUGAAAUGCACCAAGGCUGUGCUCUAAGGAAAAUUGAAGGAAGCCCAGUGCUCUGAAAAUGUAAAAUGUAGAGUGCCCAGGAUAUGAUUUGUAUGAAAAAUCUGAGAUUUUCUAGUCUCCCGAGGGCAAAAGUUAGGUGCCAGGGGCCACCAGGCUCUGCUAGAGCUGCACCAAAGUUCUGCCUGCUUUUAAGUUUAGAACAAUCUGAUUUUAUUCAAGAUUAUCACUGCUACUUUUACAGUGAUCCAUGCUAUGGUGGUAAAAUACCUCUUUAAAACUAUGCCAAAACUCGGAGACAGAGCCUUUAUGGCUGUGGUUCUAAAGCUCUUGAAUAUUUUGGUCCAUGAUAUUAGAAAUACCACAGAUUUUACCUUAUUUAAACAAGUCUGUACUUUUUAAGCAAGCUUAUGGGUAAGGCUAGGAUAGUUCAUUAUUUGAUUUUAAUUCUUUGUAAGUACAUAUAUAGACGGCUAAAUUAAUUUAUUUUUAUACCUUAGUUAUUCCAGUAUUUCAUUGCAAGGUGCAUUUUAAAACUUUGUUAAAAGAGCGUUUAACUUCACGUAUACAGCAAAUGGCAAUCGUCAGAUUCAAGUGAGAAUUUCUCAAAAUAGAAAAUGAGCAGAUAAAACCACUCAAAACGAUUCUUAUGGACAAAAAAAAUUGCGUGAAACUGCCAGUUGCCAGUUUGUGUGUUGAAAUAAUGGCAAGUAAAGUGGAAACUUGCUCAUGUGACACAAAUUCGCAUUUGCCGUGAUGUGAAUGUGAUAAUUUGUGCAUUACAAACAAAUAUUUUCCUGCCAGCAGAGACCUCUUCUUCCUGGUAUUUCAAUUUUGAAAUACAUAGAUAUUUUAAAAUGUUGGACACAGCCAUCAGCCAUUCACUAUGUUGUAUUUUUCAGCGCGCUUUUCACCAGAUGACAAGUAUUCCCGGCACAGAGUGACCCUAAAAAGAAGAUUUGGCAUCUUACCUACUCAACAACCUAAACCUGUUUACUAA